CCUGAUCUCUCACGUAGGAUCCGUCCCUCCAACAGGCACUUUAUCCCAGGUCAACUUCAUCGACUUUCGGCAGCCUGCACGCCGACCUGGUCCUCUUCAACUUCACUACAGCCUUACACCACCUUGAUCAACGAUCGGUUCCUCGCAAUCAACUUCAGAGAGCGCCCUAUCCGUCAACUAACGCUGGUCCUAAGCGCCGUGGAGCCGUCACCAUCCGAUGGGGUCUUGCUUUGACACAGUAGACAAGGCAACGGACUCCAUGCCAUCGGACCAGGCACUCAGCAAGAAGGGCUGGGAGGGGGAGGAAGACCUCCGCCUCUUGGAGCUCCACGCAGCUUAUGGGCCGAACUGGACGCACAUCGCAAGGGGCAUGGGUUCCAAGUCAGCUAAACAAUGCCGGGAGAGGUACACGCAGCAACUUCGGCCGGGCCUGAACCGCUCUCCUAUCUCCGAAGAGGAAGGCCGGCGGAUCAUGGAGAUGGUGCAGGAGUCCGGCCAGAGGUGGGCUCAGAUUGCACGGAACCUGGGCACCAACCGCAGCGACAACCAGGUCAAGAACUGGUGGAACGGCGCCAAACGCAAGGAAACGUCGAAGAGGCAGGACGCGGCCCAGAGCCAGAACCAGAACCAGCAAUACCGCCACGAUUAUCCGCCAUCACCCGGGCUCGCUGCGCUCCCCGAGCGGCGCGGCAUCCUCCCCCCAAUCCCGCUCGAGCUUCCGUUGAGGAAAGACAGCGCUACAGCCGCCUUCGAGGCGCAGCCGCAUUCUUCUUGCCGGUCCUACGACGUGGAGCGGCCGCCGUCCCUCGUCUCUGACAACGGAUCCUCCUGGAGCAGCUCGCAACCGUCGUCAGCAUCGUCCUCCCCGACGACCUUCUCGCAGCCCUCCCUAGUCCCGCUUCAUCCCUCGUCUCAGCACCACCCGGACGGCUACUCCGGCGUCUUCCACCACCGCAUGGAAGGCUUUGAGCCGACCCGCUGGACGUCCACGGGCUUCCCACCAAGUGCCUGCUCGCCCGAGCCCUCAGUCGGCUGCCCCAGCCCGGCACCCACCUCUCCUGCAAGGGGAGCGCCGUCCUCUGCCACGACGACCCACUCUCACGACUACAACCUGGCGCUGCCUCCGCUUCUGCUGCCCCAGACGAAGCCCGACAGCAACUGCUACCGCGACUCCCCCAACUCUGCCACCAGCAAGCCAGGGUCCUCCUCCUCCUCCUUCGGGCCUGUCCGCCGCUCCUCCGAGAUCUUGCAGCCGCCGAGCCAGCUCUCGCCCCUGAACCGCUUCGCCAAAACCGCCCCUGCCACGCCCGUCACCCGGGCCUCGUCCUCGCGCUGGGAGCCGUACGCCACACAGCGGCCCAGCGCCGCUGCACACCCGCAGCAGCACCAGGGGGGCGAGGCGAACGCCAAGGGGUCUCUGUCUUUCCUUCUCAACUGAAGGAAACAGAGGCCGGGUUACAGGAAGGGGAAAAAUAAAAAUGAACGGCGGCAGUUUCCUCAGGGGUUGGCUUCAUGCUAUCAGCGGCAAAGGAGGGUUCGACAUUCUGGUGUUUUGCGUGCGGGUGGAAGUGCUA